AGGAGGAGGGGGAGCGGGGACUGUGCGGCUGCAAAGGCGCCGGGAGAGCCAAGGGUGAAGGGCUCUCCCCGCCGCCCCCAGCCCCGAGGGUCCUGCUGGCCCUGUCGCCGUCCUCAAGCGACAAGGUGACAGCUCCGGAGCCCCCCGGCCUUGUCCAGCCCAGCCAGAUGUGCCAGCAGCUGCGGCGGGGGGCGACAGGCGGUGACAGCGGCGCCGGGGGACGGGGACAGGCUCCGAGGGAAUGACCUCCAGCAGGAGCCCGGAAGAUGCAGCCGAGCGCGGGAACGACUCCUUCGGGGAGGAAGAGGAGGCCCAGCUCUGACUGAGGCACCUCCAGCACUUCGAGCUCCCGUUUUGGGGGGCGCCGACGCUUCCAGCGGCUCGCAUGGAGCAUCUCCCCCGCCGGGCGCCGUCCCCACCUCGCCGCCACCUCCGUCACCCCAUCUCUGGAUGCUCCCUGUGACCUCCUCAGGCCCAAAAUGAGCGGCCUCCAUCCCAGCCGCCUCCUCCUGCUGCUGCUGCUGCUGUGCUCGGCGGCCGCCGGCGCGGUGCCCACGGUGCCGUGGCGGGUGGCGUGCCCGCCGCGCUGCGUGUGCCAGAUCCGGCCCUGGUACACGCCGCGCUCCUCCUACCGCGAGGCGGCCACGGUGGACUGCAACGACCUCUUCAUCACGGCGGUGCCGCCGGCGCUGCCCGAGGGCACGCAGACCCUGCUGCUGCAGAGCAACGACAUCGCCAGGCUGGAGCAGGGCGAGCUGGGCUACCUGCAGAACCUGUCGGAGCUGGACCUGUCGCAGAACAGCUUCUCUGAUGUCCGGGAUUUCGGGUUGGGGAACAUGCCCCAGCUGCUGAGCCUGCACCUGGAGGAGAACCAGCUCUCCGAGCUGCCCGACGGCAGCUUUGCGGGUUUGGGGAAUCUUCAGGAGCUCUACCUGAACCACAACCGGCUGCGCAGCAUCGCCCCCCGCGCCUUCGCCGGCCUGGGCGGGCUCCUGAGGCUCCACCUCAACUCCAACCUGCUGAGGACGCUGGACAGCCGCUGGUUCCAGACGCUGCCCAGCCUGGAGAUCCUGAUGGUGGGAGGGAACAAGGUGGACGCCAUCCCGGACAUGAAUUUCCGGCCCUUGGGUAACCUGCGGAGUUUGGUGCUGGCCGGGAUGCAGCUGCGGGAGAUCUCGGAUUACGCCCUGGAAGGGCUGAGGAGCCUGGAGAGCCUCUCCUUCUACGACAACAAACUGGCGGAUGUCCCCAAGAGGGCCCUGCAGCAGGUGCCGGGCCUGAAAUUCCUGGAUCUGAACAAGAACCCGCUGCAGAGGGUGAAGCAGAGCGACUUCACCAACAUGCUGCACCUCAAGGAGCUGGGCCUCAACAACAUGGACGAGCUGGUGUCCAUCGACCAAUUCGCCCUCAUCAACCUCCCCGAGCUGACCAAGCUGGACGUCACCAACAACCCCAAGCUGUCCUUCAUCCACCCCAAGGCCUUCCAGCACCUUCCGCAGCUGGAGACGCUGAUGCUCAACAACAACGCCCUAAGUGCCUUGCACCGGCAGACGGUGGAGUCGCUGCCCAACCUGCAGGAGAUCAGCAUCCACGGCAACCCCCUGCGCUGCGACUGCGUCAUCCGCUGGGUGAACAGCACGCUGCGGCCCCGCGUGCGCUUCAUCGAGCCGCAGUCCACGCUGUGCGCCGAGCCGCCCGACCUGCGGCGCCGCCACGUCCGCGACGUGCCCUUCCGCGAGAUGACCGAGCAGUGCCUGCCGCUCAUCUCGGCCCGCAGCAUCCCCGCCAGGCUGGAGGUUGAGGUUGGGGACAACGUGGCGCUGCACUGCCGCGCGCUGGCGGAGCCGGAGCCGGAGAUUUAUUGGGUGACGCCGUCCGGGGGGAAGUUGGUGCCGUUUGGGGAUGGUGGGAAGUUCAAGGUGCACUCGGAGGGGACGCUGGAGAUCCGUGGGAUCGCGGCGGGCGAGGCCGGGCUCUACACGUGCGUGGCUCACAACCUGCUGGGCGCCGACACCCGCGGCGUGCGCGUGUUGGUCAACCGUUCCUUCCCGCUGGGCCGGCCCGAGCUGGAGCUGCUGGUGGUGGACGUGCAGCCACACCACGUCCUGCUGGCCUGGAGGCCGCGCCUCAACGCCGUCUCCUCCAACCUGACGUGGGCCAGCGCGGCGCCGGGGUCGCGGCUGGGCGCGGCGCGGAUCCCGGCGGGCACCCACAGCUUCAACGUGACGCGGCUGCGCCCCGACACCGAGUACCGCGCGUGCCUGCGCGUGGCGCCGGCGGCGUCGCCGGUCAGGGUGGCCUGUGUCACCGCCAGGACUAAAGAGGCCGCCCGGGCGGUGCCGUGGGGACAGGGGACGCUGGUGACGGCGCUGCUGCUGUGCCUGCUGCUGCUCCUGGGGAUGGCGUUGAGCGCCGGGUCGCGGCGGGAAGCGCCGCGCGGCGCCGUGCGUGUGGUUUACCCCGUGCAGCCCCGGGGACACCUCCUGGCCGUGGAGGUGCAGGAGGCGGCCCUGGAGUGCUGAGGGGGGAUGGAUUUGGGGGGGUUCA